CCGCGGAAUAAUGAUAAUAAUGAUCAAGAUGGCUACUACAGAAGCCUUCUUUCUGUAGCUAAGCACCAAUUUCAUGGGAUCACUUAAAACUGCAAUUUAGAACUCUUAAAGUCCCUCGUAGACGAACGGGGCACGCGCCAGGAAUCAUACUCCAUGGAUUCAUUAGGGACUGAGGGGAAAUACUCGUAAUUGUGUUGUCUGUAGCAGUUAUUCAACGGAAGCUAGCUAGCUUAGUAACUAGCUGGCGACUAUCUCCGGCGAUAGCUUACCACCAGCGGAGGAGCCUGGCCCUAUUUCGCGUGUCCGGUCGGCGAACAAAUGGCAGAACCCAGGAAAGUCCCCUUCGUCACCCUCUCGCCCUUCCACACAGCCGCUCUAUCGACCCCGGAGGUGAGCAAGAAACGCCGCCGCGAAGACGAGGCCAUAAGUUUGGGCAGUGCGUUCGGGUCAGAAGGUGGCGGAGGGGGAUUCGGGACCGCGCAGGCUGAUGCCGCCGAGCCCGCGGAGGUCAAACCCACCGUCCGUCUCAACCUCUCUCUCUCCGAGCCGAGUGAACGUGGUUCUGCAGAGUUUAACUACAUCGAAUUGGUGCUCCCGACUCCUUCGCGUCCAUCUCAGGUACAACUUGCAGCUGCUUCAACUGUCCCUAAAGGCCUUGCACCCUCCCUGGACCCCAACGACCCACUCGCUGAUGAUGAGAAGGAGAGACGCGAGGUGGAAGAGUUGGCCAGGAAGUUUGAAAACAAAUAUGGUGGUGCUUCCAAGAAGAGGAAAAAAGACAGGAUGCAGGAUCUCAUUGAUAUUGGUUACGGGUAUGAUGAGACCGACCCCUUCAUUGACAAUUCUGAAGCCUAUGAUGAGCUGGUUCCGGCCUCUCUGACCACCAAACAUGGAGGCUUCUACAUUAACACGGGCACCCUGCAGUUUCGAGCCGCAUCUGAUUCUGAAGGAGAGGAUACAGAGAAUAAUCACGUAAAGUUGAAAGAUGGAGAAGAGCGGGUGAUUAAAAAGCGGAAGAAAAAGCAAGAUGGUGCUGUUUUGGAGGAGAAGAAACCCAGGAAAAAUAAAGUACCAAAGCCCAGAGUGUCAUCAUUGAAUCGGCCCGAAAAGAAGAAGAGGAAGAAACUUAUGAAAGAUUCCCUCCACCUGGCUAACAUGCUGCGGCGCUUCACCAGGGAGAAGGAAGAGAUGCGAAAAAGGAACGUGGCUGGUGCUAAUAUGCCACGACCCCAAGCCAAAGUGCCCUGUGCUAACAGCGCCGUUGUCAACAGCCAACCAAAGGCUGCCAACGCCAACGACUGUAAUGUGGCGGACUUGACGUCCGACCCGGCUGUGAUGUCGCUACUAGGGUCGGCCAACAACGACGUGUUACAGGACAUGAUGGGUGAUCUGGACUUUGGGAUGCUGGACUCUCCGCAGCCCCCUAGUCCUUCUCAAGGGGAGAACGGUUCCUUCAGCACGGGUCUUAAGGCGGGUGCAGGCAGGGUUUCGCAGGGUAAUGUAGCGAGCCCGCCGUCGCUUCCCGCUGGUCUUCCAGGCCCUCUUUUAAAGCGCAUCGAAGACCUCAGAGCGGCUUCCCGUCAGUUUGACGAAGAGGGACGCAAAAAGUUCUUCACAAUGGACAUGAAUAACAUCCUCCUUGAUAUCGAUUUGCAGGUUCAGGAGCAGCCAGCAGAUGUUCGUUCAGUCGUGUACUCUCACUUGGAGGCCUUCGUUCCGUGUAAUAAAGAAGGUCUGCUCAAGCGCCUCAAGAAGCUGAGCCUGAACAUCCAGGACGACCGGCUCCGUACACCACUACUCAAGUUGAAGCUGGCAGUGUGCGGCGUGAUGCCAGAGCAAAUCGCUCGCUACAACAUGGACUGUAUUGCUAAGGUGGCAAAACACCAGUCUGAGGAAGGAGAAAAAAAUGGUUCUGAAGAUGAUGAUGAAGAGAAGCCAGGGAAGAGGGUGAUGGGGCCUCGGAAGAAGUUUGUCUGGGAUGACAAACUCAGGUCGCUGCUGUGCAGCUUGGUGCGGGUGAAGCUGAGCUGCUACGAGCUCGAGGGUAAAAGCACAUCUCCCGAAGAUUACCUCAAAGCCUUUAUGGAGACAGAGGUUAAACCCCUUUGGCCGAAAGGUUGGAUGCAGGGCAGGAUGCUGUUUAAAGAAAGCAUUAUGGCUCACGGUCACCUUACUGGCUACACAGCAAAGAAAAAGAUCAUCACAACACCCAAAGCCAAGCCAAAGGAGGCAGCGUGGGUUCAACGUUCCACACCCUCGGCAGGUGUCACUCCAUCCCCCGUCGGGCAGGUUGCUAAGCGACCAUCUCAGUCGCCGUCAGAACCCAUAUGCCUGGAUUCCCUAGAUGACGAUCUGGCAGUUCCCUCCCUGGACUCCAUCUCCCAGGCGCUUAUGAUCCUUGGCAACGCCGCCAAAGGCCUGGCACAAGGGGAAAACCCUCCAUCCCCAGAUAUACCCAAGAGUGUCACCAAUCCCCCCUCCACUCCUCAUGUCUCUCCUCUCAUCCAGCAGCAGCAGAAAAAGAACUUGGUCAGCACACCCACUUCCAGCAACUCCCGCUACACGUUUACCUCCUCAUCUCCCUCCACCCCUCUUUCUCGCCCGUCCUCGGUCACCUUCUCACCUGUGUCGUCAGUCAGGGUGGAUGCAAUGGGGGUUGUAAAAGGCCCAGGACAAGUGCACAGACACUCUGUGCUGAACACUCAGAGACCCGUAGGUGUCGCUGUGCCUAAAGUAAACUCCCCAGCAUCUGCUCCACCAGCUAAACCCCGCCCUCCACCCACCACGUCACCUCUCGCCCCUCCGGGGUCCAAGGUGGGGGUCUCCACCCCCCCUUCAAGCAUCAUCAAAUGCAGCAAUAAUAAAGGAGUCAACAGUAGCGACCCCAUCAUCAUUACGUCGCCUCCAUCUCGACCAACGGUUCACCCAUCAUCCGUGCACAUGAGCCCUAAAACCUUCCUGUCGACGCACUUGCCCCACAACCCGCAGAACAAAGCCUCACCUUCCGCCCAGUCUCAUCUGGGUGUUUCAACUACACAACAGUCAGGCUUCAUCACCCCCAUGCACGCUACUAUCACGAAAUCAAGUCACAGUGGCGUCACGCCAAUUGUUAAACUCACACCUCGCACCCUCAGCUCGGCCACCGUCACCCCGUCUCGCACCCUCAGCUCGGCCACCGUCACCCCGCCUCGCACCCUUAGCUCGGCCACCACCCCGCCUCGCACCCUCAGUUCGGCCACCACCCCGUGUCGCACUCUCAGCUCAGCCUCCACCACCCCAUCUCGCACUCUAAGCUCGACCUCCACCGCGUCUCGCAACCUUAGCUCGGCCGUCAGCGCCCCAUCCCGCCCCGCCAGCUCGGCCGUCAGCACCCCGUCCCGCCCCCUCAGCUCGGCCAUCACCGCCCCGUCCCGCCCCCUCAGCUCGGCCGUCACCGCCCCGUCCCGCUCCCUCAGCUCGGCCGUCACCGCCCCGUCCCGAACUCUCAGCUCGUCUGUCACGGCCCAGGUCACCCCCACCCCAUCUCGCACCCUCAACUCAGUCGUCACCACCUCGAGUUUGCUCACCACGCCCCAAAUCCCCAGAUCUCAGGCGACAUCCUCCUUACAGCAGUAUGCCUCUAAAAGCCCUGCAGGGUUCCGCCCACCGUUUUCAGGUGCCCAGGCAGCGGCAGCCAAGGUCAGUCAAGGUGCUUACGCUGCCCCAGGCAGCCAGAAGAGUCCAAUCAUCAUCAGCAACAGCAGCAACACAGCCAACAGUAGCCUUAUAAACACUUCAUCCAUCACCAAGCAUUCAGGAACUGGCACCCCUCCAUCGACACCCUCCGCCAACCCGGGCCAGCGCCAGAGGCCAGGGGGUUUGACGUCUCAGGGAGCCAAACCGGUGACGUCGGUCCCGUUGUCAUCGGUCCCAUUGUCACCGGCCUCUUCUCAGCUGCCACAGGUGUCGUCAGCGGGGAGUAGUGGCCUGCUCGCCUCUGGUCCGUCUCUUCCUCUAGGUUUCGGAAUGCUGGGCGGCCUCGUUCCGGUGUCGCUUCCCUUCCAGUUCCCCCCAUUGCUCAAUCUGCCCCCUUUGGGCACCAGUACAGCGCCCAGUAGCUCUGCUGCCAGUAGCAAUGCAUCUUUCUCAACCUUGACUCAGAAUCUGUAUAAGAGCCUCCAGUCGGGGUCUCAGGUUGCUCUGCCUCCUCACUUGCAGCUCGCUUUCUCAGAUGUUGGCCAAAGCCAGGGCGGAGACGCUAAAAGGAAGACAUUAUGAUGGCAGCAGGAGCCAGUUGAAGCAGAACAUUUUUGUCAACGGUUUUAACUUUCCCUGAAUUAUUUUCCAAAGGAAAAAACGAAACAUUUUGUAUACUUUUUAAAUCCGUUGCAACGAAACAAAAAUGACAAAUACAACGUGCCGACGUUUACAAGACAGACCUAUGUCACUGUGGACACGGACAAUGAAUGCGUGUGUUGAUAUAGGAGCAACAGUGUGCCUUCCGUAUGAUUUCCUCUGAUGCAUGGUCAGUGUCUACAUGGUGCUCUUUUAAAAAAAAAUUUAAAAACAUUUUAAAAACAAUGUAAUGAUCAUGAAUGACGUGUAAGAAAUGUAAAAUGCACAUAGCUGAAUUGGAGCUACCCCCUCAAGAUGAACACUUGCUUUUAUUAUACUUGAAUUCUUCAAUGAGUUCCAUUCUGUACAGUACUGAUACAUUUUAAUAAUAAAACAAAAUCCCUUCAUGUGAGUGUAAUUAUUGGAUGCAUCAUGUUUCCGUUAUCCAAUAAAAAUGCAUGCACACAACACAUCAUGGUCGAUGUUUAUUUUUUACUCUCGAUUUUGAUUUUUACCAUUCAAAAUUUGCCGUCCGCCAAGAUGUUGUGUCCUGACUCCUCCGCAUUCUCCUGUUUUGUGUCGCAGCGAGGAUGCCCGCUUUCAGGGUGCGCGCUGCUGUGGCGUGACACGUUGACAGUUACAGAUUUUGAGCGCUUCCGGUCUUCCCCGGAACAGUGCGUAACCUAUCAUCUGGACUGUCAGAUUCGUGAUACUGGCCGCAUCUGGCGCACUGACGUUUAGCGAGUGUAAUUGUUAUGUGAAUCUGGCAAGCCAAUGCCGGAACACUGGCACACAGUCACCUAUUGGAGUAGGGUUGCAAACUCCCAGUAUUCAAAAACAAAAUACAGGACGCGCUUUGUCCUGUAUAAUCAUGAAACUCGAAAACAGUUACUUAAUUGUAGAACAAAUACUGGUAUGGUGCUUUAUAAGAAUAUCUAGGGAAACGCAUUCCCCUCCCCUGCUUUUUGACCAGUGAGCUGACAGAACCAUGACAAUACGAAAUCACACUCAUCGAAUUGGUCGAGGUAGUGUCGCUAACAGAAGACAAGAGUGUGGGAGAUAAGUGGUUUGAGUGAAGCGGGAGUAAAAACCAUGUUCCAAAUGGUUUUCAUAUUUUUCAUCUGUGUACCCCAUUUUCACCAAUUGCAUUAUAUUUGGAGUGAUCAUUUGUGAAAAUGUUAUUGCUGAGGGGACAUUGAAUGCACCUAAAUUGUAAAUAAUAAAUAAAUACCUAAGAGUUUGCUUGCACACUUUAAAAACGAAAAAACACUCCCAAAAUAAAAAACAUAAAGGCUCAAGACUUUAAGUGUUAAACAAUUUUAAAUUUAGCAGGACAGCUUUAAUUCUACAACUCUUAACAAAAGUAUGGAAUCACCAGUCUCGGACAAGCAC